AUGACGGGUGAUUGGAAUGGGAGUCGGACUGAACUUGCAGAAAAGGGAAUCAAAUUUGAUGGCACCAUUGCCAUGGACAGUUCAUAUCUCGCUGAUGGUGGUUAUGAUGCACAUCAAGCGCCAACAUUUGCGACACAAUUCGGACUGGGUACAACCUUAGAUAUGGGGAAACUGGCUGGUUGGAAUGAUUUACAGCACGUCAAGGUGAAAGUACUUCACUCAGAGGUAUUCAAGCACCAGAUGCACCACAAUGGGCAAACUCGCAAGCCAAUUGGGGACGUGGAUCAAGGACUAAGCUUGCGUUUAGGUCGUAUGGGUUUAGGUACUGAAUUCAAUACCAUGGCUUGUGAUUUCCAAGGCAAUGCAUUUUGUGCUGCACAGAUGGGGAAAUGGCAAGGCAAGCUUUGGUAUAACACACCAGUCUCACAAUGGGGCGCACGCUUAAAAUAUCACAUCAAUCCUGAACUAUUUGCACAAGUGGGGGUGUUUGAAUACAACCCUGAUAAUGCUUUAGAGCGACAAGGCUGGAAUUUGGAUACAAAGCAUGCCGAUGGUGUCAAUAUUCUUUCUGAAGUGGUGUGGUCACCUAAGCAGGGUGUGAAUAAUUUAUCAGGCAGUUAUCGUAUUGGUACGCUUUACAAUACUGCUGAUGAGGCUAAAAAUCAGUAUGAUGUGGGCUAUAAAGCAGGAACUAAGGCUGAAGAUCGUACAUAUGGCGGUUGGAUUGCGUUUGAACAGCAAUUGACUUCAACUGGAGAGGGGAAACGCGGUUUACACAGUUUUGGUAACUUCACCAUUCAUGAUCGUACGACGACAGCCGUAAAUGAUUCACAGCAACUUGGCCUAAAAUACUAUGGUCUGUUUGAUGCUCAACCAAACGAUAUUCUUGGUUUGGCUGUAAAUCGGGACACCUUUAUGCAAAGAGUGAAACAUCUAAAAAUUAAUACAACACUACUUUGCUUAACGGUAUGUAUCACACAGAGCUUAUAUGCUGAAGUGGAAUCUCAAGAUUCCAUUCAGCAAGAUUCUACUCAGCAACUUCCAACCAUCAAAAUUGAAGCAACACGUUCUGAUACCAGCAUAUUAAACACCCCAGCAUCGGUAUAUAGAGUUGAUCAACAACAAAGUCAAAAUAAUAUUGGGGUAAACCUCACUGAAACACUCAAAGGAAUUCCGGGUUUACAGCUCAAUAAUCGUGAAAAUUAUGCCCAAGACUUACAACUGUCUAUGCGCGGAUUUGGCGCACGUUCAACUUUUGGGGUACGUGGAAUUCGUCUUUAUGUCGAUGGGAUUCCUGCGACGAUGCCAGACGGACAAGGCCAAACUUCAAAUAUUGAUUUAACGAGCUUAGAUCAUAUUGAAGUACUUGGUGGGCCCUUUUCAUCACUGUAUGGAAACUCCUCUGGGGGGACUAUUCUCACCACGACCAAAGAAGGAACAGGGCGUGAUUCGGUCGAGUUAGGAUAUUCAGGUGGCAGUAAUAAUAAAGGCCGUGCUGACAUCACCUUACAAGGUGGUGCAGAUAAAGCCAAUGAACCGAGCUAUGUGAUCAGUUCUUCUUAUUUUGAUACCGAUGGUUAUCGUGACCACAGUGCCGCAAGAAAAGUGUUGAGCAAUGCCAAACUCACGUGGGACUUAGAUGAUGGUUCUAAGAUCAAUUGGCUGAUCAAUCAUGUGGAUAUUUCCGCUGAUGAUCCACAAGGUUUGACUCGUGAGCAAUGGAAGCAAAAUCCUAAACAGGUCAAUGACAGUAAAAAUAUCUAUGAUGUUCGUAAAGAUAUUAACCAAACACAGACAGGUAUCAAUUGGACUAAGCCCCUGAAUGAUCAACAAGAGCUUUAUAGUAUGGCCUAUAUUGGUCAUCGUGAAGUGACUCAAUACCAGUCUAUUCCAAGUUCUGCUCAAAAGAAUCCACGCCAUGCAGGUGGGGUGAUUGAUUUCGAACGAGAUUUUUAUGGUGCUGAUUUACGUUGGACUGGCAAAGACUUAUUACCGAAUACACGGAUCAGUGCGGGCUUGGCUUAUGAUGCGAUGAAUGAAGAUCGUCAAGGAUAUGAGAAUUUUAAUGCCAAGGGUGAAUAUGGGGUAAAAGGUAAUUUACGCCGUGAUGAACGAAAUACUUUAUGGAAUUUAGAUCCUUAUCUUCAGGCAUCUUGGCAGUUUUUGCCGACUGUACGUCUAGAUACAGGAUUGCGCUAUAGCAAUGUUCAUUAUGAGUCGAAAGAUCACUACAUCAUUGGUUUAAAUGGCGAUGACAGUGGUCAAACCGAUUAUAACAAAUUGCUCCCAUCGGCUGCCUUUACUUGGGAAGUUACCCCAGAUCUCAGUACUUAUAUCAGUUAUGCCAAAGGCUUUGAAACACCAACCUUUACCGAAAUGGCCUAUCCAACAGAAGGAACGGCAGGGAUUAACUUUGCGCUUAAACCUUCAACCAGUGAUAACUAUGAGCUUGGUUUAAAAGCACAAAAUCGUCUAGGUAAUUUUACCGCCGCAGUUUUCCAAAGUAAUACCCAAGAUGACAUCGUUUCUGCGGGAACACUCAAUGGACGUGCAACCUAUCAAAAUGCAGAUAAAACACUGCGCCAAGGGGUAGAGCUGUCUUGGAAUAAAAAGUUGUGGAAAAAUUUAACGGCUCAAGCCAGUUAUAGUUUCCUUGAUGCAACAUUUGAUGCAGAUAUUCCCAACACUGAUCCUAAAAAAGUUAUCCAAAGUGGCAAUUACAUUCCCGGAAUUGCAAAAAACCAAGCCUUUGUAUCUUUCGGCUGGUUGCCUGAGCAGGGCUUUAACGCGGGUGUCGAUGUUCGAUAUAUGGAUAAAAUCUAUGUAGACGAUCUCAAUACAGAUACUGCACCAAGUUAUACAGUAACCAGUAUGAAUGUCGGUUAUAUCUGGAAAAACAACGAUUGGAAAGUGCGUAGUUUUGUUCGAGUUGAUAAUUUAUUCGAUAAAAAUUAUGUCGGUUCAGUCAUUGUGAAUGAUGGUAAUAGUCGAUUCUUUGAACCUGCUGAUGGUAUUAACUGGAGUGCAGGACUCAGUGUCACCAAACAGUUCUAA